UAGGUACAAGUAGGUACAGUAAAAAUGAGCCUCCACUUCCAAUCAUGAACGUCAGCUAGACGAAAGACUGCAAUAUUCUAGUACACGGACAAGUAUAAUUUACAUCUUUGGGAGGGGAAUAAGGCCCGCCAGGACCGCGGAGGUUCACACUACGUCACCACGUCGUCUUACGCGCUAACGGCUGGAACGCCUGCCGUUUGCGAAGGGUCGAGACGGCGGCGACAGUGACAGAAAUUGACAUUUUCAGCCGUUGAAAGUCUGAAACCAUCACCAAGUCGUACUCGGAAUACCAUCAGAAUAUGUGCCCAGUAGGCAACUAUAAUUUCUUAUCAGUUGAGUGAGUUUCGGUAAGGGCAGAAGGUGUAAGUAGUAUAGAUAUAUAAGCAAUGUUAGGUUAACAAACGGAAGGUAUAAGCCAGCUAAUAGCGAAACUGUCCGAGAUAGUUCGCUCACCUCAGGAGGAUAAGCAGAAGAGCUGAGUUUUUCAAGAGCAAAGAGAGGUGUUCAUGAUGGAUGCACAUGAUUCAAAGGCAAACAAGCAUGGAUGUCAGGACAAAUACAAGCAGGCACGAGAAGAGCGAAAUAAGCUCCUCACCCCUGCACACAAGUACAUGAUUGACCUCCUGGCUGCCAGGCUGUUCUUGGAACCAGCAGCAGUAGAGGACUUUAUUUUAGAUUCUCCUUCUCUGGCUGCUUUUGAUGAUUUUUUUGCCAAAGGAGGUCGUAAAACCAUUUCCUUUGUGUAUCAAGAGGCUGACAUCCCAGGACCAGAGUGUGGGCGCUCGUAUCCUACCAAAGAGGGGAAAAUAUUACGGCUGUUUUUAGCCAAUUUGUCUCAGACGUGCCUCACAGGCGUUUGCUGCUCUUUCAUACGGAGGAGAGUGGACGUUCCCGUGAGUCCAGAAAGCAUACAUCAGGAGAUCUUCUUCUCAGAGGUUGAUGCCAGAGAUGGCCUCCUGAAAGGAAUCAGGAAUGCCUUCAACUUUGUACAACCAGCUCUUGAUACAGCACAAAACUGGGGUGCUUUAGAUAAGUCUAGACAUGGAAGAAAAUUUAUAAAAAACUUCAAGUACACCAUAAAACGUUCUCUUCGGUCCUUAGAUGAGCUCCAGAAGAGCAAUGAGAGUGUUGUUCAGCUGAGCACAGUCACAGAUGUUGACUUGUCUAAACUGACCACCCUUGAACACAUGAAAGUGGCAGCUGCUGAUCCUGACAUGGUGCAUCAGAUGGAAGACAUUCUGAUUCAGUGGUGCAAGCAAAUUGAGAAGGUCCUGAUAGAAAGUGAUCUGCUGAGGACAGUGGUUGAUUCUGAAGGGCCUCUGAGUGAGUUAGAACAUUGGAAUAAAAUGUUUUUAAAGUUCAACUCCAUCAUCAGUCACAUCAAAGGCCAAGAGUGUAAGGCAGUGACCAUGGUGCUCCAUAUCGGCCGUUCCAAGACAAUGAAGAUGUGGCGGGAGCUUGAUGCCAGAAUAACAGAUCGUAUCAGUGAGGCAAAAGACAAUGUAAAAUUCCUUAACACACUGGAGAAAGUUUGUCAACCUCUUUACGACAGUGACCCGGUCACCAUAAUGAAAGGUGUGCAGAGUAUCAUCAGUGCCACCCAAAUGAUUUAUGAUGUUUCAUGUUACUACAAUACAAGCGAAAAGAUAUCUACAUUGUUCAUCAAAGUCACAAAUCAGAUGGUUACAGCAUGCAGAUCAUAUAUUACUGACAAUGGCACUUGUCUAAUAUGGGAUCAAGAUGCUGAAGACGUCAUCAGGAAGAUACAGGACUGUAUCUGCCUGUACCAGGAAUAUCGGUCUUGCUUCCAGAAAACAAAGACUAAAACAAGACCUGGAAAGAAGCCCUUUGAGGUUUCAGAGAUGCAGAUUUUCUGCAAGUUUGAAGGCUUUUGCAAGCAGCUUGAAAAGAUCUCACAAGUAAUUGCUGUGUUCAAGAAGUUUGAAUCCCUUGGAAAAUCAAAUAUUGAGGGCAUUGAGAUUCUGGCCAGAAAAUUCCACACAGUAUCCAUGAAUCUGAAAAGGAAACAGUAUGAUAUGCUGGCUGGGACAGCCGAAUUCGAAGCAGAUUUUGCAGGGUUUAUGGUUCGGGUCAGUGACAUUGAGAAGGAGCUGCGGGCAUUUAUGAGUUCAUGCUUCUCAGACAUCAUUUCAUCUCAGCAAGCUCUUUGCCUAAUGGAGCGUUUCCGGAAGCAGAACAUUCCCUGUCUUGACAAAGAAAUUUCCAACAUCUUGGGUCUUAUCCUUCAGCGUUAUGCUUCAGAAAUAGAGUUUGUGAAAAAGCUCUAUGACGAACAGAGAAAUGAUCCUCCAUUAGCUAGAAAUAUGCCUCCUGUGGCUGGAAGGAUUGGAUGGGUCAGGAACCUUUACAAAAAAAUAGAGCAACCCAUAUUUUAUAUGCAAGAAAACUCUAUCAUCCUGUCCAGUCCUGCGGGACAACGUGUGGUUAAAAUGUACAAUCAAAUUGCAGCUGCGUUUGUGAAGUUCGAGUAUGUUAACCACACAGCGUGGAUGGAAGAAGCGUCAAAAAUAGAUUAUGUUUUGAAAGUUACACUGCUGGUUCGUCAUCCAAAGACUGGAAGAUUAUUCAUCAACUUGGAUCCUAAAGUGACUGAGGUAAUUCGUGAGGCUAAGUGUUUGUUGAAGAUGGAUCUGGAGGUUCCAAGGCAGGCUUUGCGUCUGGUCAAGUCGGAAAGUAAAAUAAAAUCCAACCACCUCCGUCUACAGACCAUUUUGGCAGAUUAUGAAACCACUUGUGAGAAAAUACCUGCAGAAUUCCACAGCUUGAUGGCUCCAAAAAUCAAAAAGGUGGAAUCUGCACUUCGCCACGGGACAGUGCUGCUCACCUGGACAUCCCUCCUCCUCGACAACUUCUUUGAAAAUGUUGAGGCUGCUCUUCUUGAGCUCAAACGUCUUGUAAAGAGGGUGCAGGAUAUCUGCGAGAUACAUAUUGAUAAUGUCCUUAAAGACAUCUCAGAGACUAUGCUGAUUGAACUCCCAGAAGAACAUGCAUCUUCAGUGGAGCACCUGGUUGAGCUUAAUAAGAAUAAAUGUAAAGAGUUGGCAAAGACAUUGCACGACAAAUGUAGUCGUGUCAGCCAAGCAGUGAAGGAGCUGGAUAUUGUGCUGAGUGCCAGCUAUGAAUCAAAAGGCACCAAGAAGACUGUCGAGGAACCUGUUCAAGGACAGAGAAGUGUGUCAGCAAAGAGCCAGAAAACCCCCAAUGAGGUUGAGGAAAUGAGUUUAGAUGGUCCAGUUAGAGACAAAGCAGUCAGGCCAUUUCAAAAGGAGUUUAAGACGCUUUAUGAACACUUUAGUGCAAGGGUUUUGGAUGCACUGGUCAGGACAACAAAACUAUCUCUGGAGACCCUGAAAAGAAGAAUUUGUGGCACAAAAUCGACAUCAGUAAAUUGGAGUUUUAGUAUUUCCCGGAAUCCAAAGUCUGAGUCAAAGAUGGUCCCCCUGAUAAAAUCUGAAGUCCAGCUAGUUAUACCCAAUUUGGUAAUGAUUCCCACUAUAGAUGAGAUCCAACAGGCCAUCAAUCAGCUAAUCAACGUAGUGUUGGAAGCUAGUAAGGAUGUUGCCUGGCAGCAGGAGUACAGUCGUGAUGACACGGACAGCAGGGGUGAAGGAAAAGAUCAUUUUCAUCACAGAGUUGUUGAACACAAGGACAUCAAAAAGUUUGCGUUCCUUCGAUCAGUCCUCAGUUCCCAGAGAGGAGAAGUGACAGAUGUUCUAAGUCAGUUCAGUCCUUUCAGAGUGAUCUGGGAUGAGGACAGGAAUCUCAAAGUCAAGGAAUUCAUGGACAGCAAACCAUCUUUGAUCCAGAUCAAAUCUGAAGUCCAGCGCUAUGAUUCAGUUGAACAGGAGAUUGAUGAUAUCAAACCCUUCAUUGUUCUGGGGUCUACUGAAUUGUCAACAGAACCAUUAAAGAAGUCUUUAAAAGCUGAGACCAGAGCCUGGAAGAAACUGUUGUGCAGAUAUCUGAAGGAGAAGUACAGGAAGAAAAUGAUUGACACCAGCAUUCACAUGAACAAGUACCUCACUCAACUGUGUCAUCCCGUGGCCAAUCUGGAAGAUGUGCGUCAUGCCAUGGGGGCCCUGUCUAAGCUUCGGGAUGCUGAAAUACAAACUGAUAUGACAUUGAUAUCCAUUGAGGAAGCCUAUGAGAUUUUGACUAAAGCUGAGGCCGAAGUGACCAAAAGAGAAGCCGACGGUGUGUACAAUCUGAGGCAGCGCUUCACAAAGCUUCAGUCUAAGGCUAGGUCAGUGCAGGACGAGCUUGUUCAUAAGCAGCCCGAGUUCAAACAAAACCUGCUGGAGUGUGUUGCCGUUUUCAACAAUGAUGUUGGCACUUUUAUGGAACAGUAUGAUUCAGAAGGUCCCAUGGUCGAUGGCAUCGCUCCCAAAGAAGCCAGCCGUAGGCUCCAGGUCUAUCAGGCCAGAUUUGAAGAACUUUGGAGAAAAUUCAACACAUAUACCUCUGGGGAGCAGCUUCUUGGCUUGCCAGUCACAGAGUAUGACUGUCUACAAAAGAAAAAAAAAGAGCUUGACCUGCUACAGAAACUCUAUGGCCUAUAUGAUGCAGUGAUGAAUAAGAUUAGCGGGUACUAUGGCAUUUUGUGGACAGAUGUGGAUAUUGAGAAGAUCAAUGCAGAACUUCUGGAAUUUCAGAACAGGUGCCGAAGGCUGCCUAAGGGACUGAAGGAGUGGCAGGCCUUCCUCGACCUGAAGAAGACCAUUGAUGAUUUCAGUGAGUCAUGCCCUCUGCUUGAGAUGAUGGCAAACAAAUCUGUGGUGAGGAGACAUUGGGACAUGAUCACAGAGCUGACUGGGCACCAGUUUGAGGUGGAGUCCAAUACCUUCACACUGCAGAACAUCAUGGAAGCACCUCUACUGAAGUACAAGGAUGAUAUUGAGGACAUAUGCAUAUUGGCUGUAAAGGAGAAGGAUAUUGAGGCCAAAUUGUCACAAGUGAAAGAGGCGUGGUCCGGCCAGAUCCUGACCUUGAUGACAUUCAAGGAUAGAGGAGAACUGAUGCUGAAAGGGGCAGAGACGGCAGAGAUCCUCACCAUGCUGGAGGAUGGUUUGAUGGUGCUGGGAUCACUGCUGAGCAACAGAUACUGCACUUACUAUAAAGCAGAUAUUCAGGAUUGGGUCUCCAAACUGUCAACAUCAUCUGACAUCAUUGAACAGUGGGUCAUUGUACAAAACCUGUGGAUCUAUUUGGAGGCUGUGUUUGUUGGGGGUGACAUCGCAAAGGACCUGCCACAGGAAGCAAAGCGUUUUGAGAAUAUUAACAAGUCCUGGAUUAUGAUCAUGCAGCGAGCCCAAAAAGUCCCAAAUGUGGUGGAGUGCUGUGUGGAUGAUCCGAUUCUGGGAUCGCUUCUGCCAGAUCUUCAGAAACAGCUGGAGUUCUGUCAAAAAUCUCUCGCAGGGUACCUUGAGAAAAAGAGGCUCCUCUUCCCACGGUUCUUCUUUGUGUCUGAUCCUGCCCUCCUGGAAAUUCUCGGACAAGCCAGUGAUUCUCACACAAUACAGUCACAUCUGCUUGGAGUGUUUGACAACGUUAAUGAAGUGGAGUUUCAUGCAACAGACUAUGACAAAAUUGUGGCUGUUAUUUCACAAGAGGGAGAGGAGCUACCCCUGGACACUCCUGUCAUGGCACAGGGACCAGUGGAGCACUGGCUCGGAGAGCUGCUGGUACAACAGCAGACGUCAUUGCACUCUGUUAUCAAAGCUUCAGAUUUAGAGAUCAACGAUGAAGACUUCGAGCUUCUCUCUUUUCUCAACAAGUUCCAAGCACAGGUGGGCUUGCUUGGAAUCCAAAUGCUUUGGACAAGGGAUGCAGAAGAGGCGCUGCAAAAUGCUGAAGAUGACAAGGAGAUCAUGCUUUUUACCAAAAAGAAAUUCCUUAACCUGCUCAGCACACUCAUUAAACAAACCACCUAUGACCUGAGCAAAUUUGACAGAGUGAAAUAUGAGACACUCAUCACCAUCCAUGUGCACCAGAGUGAUAUAUUUAAUGAUCUGGUGAAAAAGCGUAUAAAAUCUUUCAGUGACUUUGAAUGGCUGAAGCAGAGUAGAUUUUAUUUCAAGGAGGACCUGGAUAAGGUCAUUGUGUCUAUUACGAAUGUCGACUUCAUUUAUCAGAAUGAGUUUCUAGGCUGCACUGACCGUCUGGUAAUCACCCCUCUGACGGACAGGUGUUACAUCACACUGUCCCAGGCUCUGGGGAUGAGCAUGGGAGGUGCUCCUGCAGGGCCAGCCGGCACUGGCAAAACUGAAACCACUAAAGACAUGGGUCGCUGCCUGGGCAAGUAUGUAGUGGUGUUCAACUGCUCAGACCAGAUGGACUUCAGAGGACUUGGCAGGAUAUACAAAGGACUUGCUCAGUCAGGGUCCUGGGGCUGCUUUGAUGAGUUCAACAGAAUCGACCUUCCAGUGCUGUCUGUUGCUGCUCAGCAGAUCUCCAUUGUUCUGACGGCACGCAAAAGACACAAAAGUACUUUCAUCUUUACUGAUGGAGACUGUGUCAAUCUGAACCCAGAGUUUGGCCUGUUUAUCACAAUGAAUCCUGGAUAUGCUGGUCGCCAGGAACUUCCUGAAAAUUUAAAAGUGCAGUUUAGGACAGUGUCUAUGAUGGUACCAGACCGGCAGAUCAUCAUGAGAGUCAAACUAGCUAGUUGUGGGUUCAAUGAGAAUGUCAUCUUAGCCCAGAAAUUCUUUGUCCUUUAUAAACUCUGUGAAGAACAACUUUCAAAACAGGUCCACUAUGACUUUGGCCUCAGGAACAUCCUGUCUGUGUUAAGAACACUGGGAGCCAGUAAAAGAGCAAGACCUGAUGACACAGAGUCCAGCAUUGUCAUGAGAGUGUUGCGUGACAUGAAUCUUUCUAAACUGGUGGAUGAGGAUGAACCUCUCUUCCUUAGUCUGAUCAACGACUUAUUCCCUGACACUCAGCUGGAUGGGAGCACAUAUGUUGAACUUCAAGCUGCUGUUGCCCAUCAAGUUGAGCUUGCUGGUCUUGUCAACCACCCACCAUGGAACCUCAAACUGGUUCAGCUUUAUGAGGCCUCACUAGUGCGCCAUGGGCUGAUGACUUUGGGCCCAAGUGGAGCUGGAAAGACCACGGCCAUCAACAUUCUCAUGCGAGCUUUGACUGAAUGUGGAACCCCACACAGGGAGAUGCGCAUGAACCCCAAAGCAAUCACUGCACCACAGAUGUUCGGUCGUCUUGAUGCAGCCACCAAUGAUUGGACCGAUGGGAUCUUUUCUUCUCUGUGGAGGAGGACGCUUAAAGCCAAGAAAGGGGAGUUCAUAUGGAUUGUGCUGGAUGGCCCUGUGGAUGCCAUAUGGAUUGAAAACCUCAACUCUGUGCUGGACGAUAACAAAACACUGACCCUGGCUAAUGGUGACCGUAUCACCAUGUCUCCAUCUUGCAAGCUAGUGUUUGAGGUACACAACAUUGAAAAUGCCUCCCCUGCUACCGUGUCUCGAGUGGGUAUGGUCUUCAUAAGCUCCUCAGCUCUCAGCUGGCAGCCCAUACUCCAGGGGUGGGCUCACAAGCACAAUGCAAAAGAGGCAGAGAGCAUAAUGAGUUUAUAUGACAAGAUAUUUGAAGAUGCUUACGUAUACAUGAAGCAAAAUCUUAAACCAAAAAUGGAGCUUUUGGAGUGCAACUACAUAAUGCAGUCUGUGAAGCUGCUGGAGGGCCUCAUCCCAGCCAAGGAGGCUGGAGGCCUGGUUAGUAGCCAACACCUUGAACGUCUGUUUGUCUUCUGCCUGAUGUGGAGCCUGGGAGCCCUUCUGGAGUUGGAGGACAGGGACAAACUGGAGGCCUACAUUAGAGCUCAUGACAACAGCGUCGAUGUACCUCAAACACAGACGGGCGAGACUAUGUUUGAGUACAUGGUAAACCCAAAUGGUGAAUGGUGUCAUUGGAAUAACCAUGUCGGGGAGUACGUCUAUCCAACUGACCAUGUGCCAGACUACACCUCCAUCCUUGUGCCAAAUGUGGAUAACACAAGAACCUCUUUUCUGCUGGAGACUAUUGCAAAGCAGCGCAAGGCCGUACUGCUUAUCGGUGAGCAAGGGACAGCUAAAACAGUGAUGAUAAAAAGCUACACAAAAAAAUAUGACCCUGAAACAGACCUGUCCAAGUCCCUGAACUUUUCAUCUGCUACAGAACCGGUGAUGUUUCAGCAAACAGUGGAAAGCUACAUUGAGAAGAGAAUUGGCAGCACCUAUGGACCCCCAGGGGGACGCAGGAUGACGGUUUUCAUUGAUGACAUCAACAUGCCUGUUGUCAAUGAAUGGGGGGAUCAGAUCACCAAUGAGAUUGUACGCCAGAUGAUGGAAAUGCGUGGCAUGUACAAUCUGGACAAACCAGGAGACUUCACUACUGUUGUGGACGUACAGAUGCUGGCUGCCAUGAUCCACCCAGGCGGUGGUAGAAACGACAUCCCUCAAAGACUGAAGAGACAGUUUACUGUCUUCAACUGUACUCUACCAUCCAACACAUCCAUUGAUAAGAUCUUUGGUGUGAUCGGCUGUGGAUAUUUUCAUACAUGCAGGACAUUCAAGCCUGAGAUUUCAGAUAUGGUGAAGUCUCUGGUGUCUGCUGGGAGGAUUUUAUGGCAGUGGACAAAGGCAAAAAUGCUUCCAACCCCAUCCAAGUUCCACUACAUCUUCAAUUUGAGAGACUUAUCCAGGAUCUGGCAAGGGAUGUUAAAUAUAAAGGCAGAGGAGUGUAAUGAUAUCCUCACUCUCUUGGCUCUUUUCAAGAGUGAAUGUGCAAGAGUGAUUGCUGACAGGUUUAUUUGCUCUGAGGACAGAGAGUGGUUUGAGAAGGCUGUAUCGCGAGUGAUUCAAGAGCAUGUUGACCCCAGCCUUGUCCCAGCACUUCAUCCAGAGCCAUACUUUGUGGACUUCCUGCGAGAUGCUCCCGAGCCCACCGGAGAAGAAGAUGAUGAUGCCUGCUUUGAUGCACCUAAAAUUUAUGAGCUGGUGCCAGGUUUUGAGUUCUUAUCAGAAAAGCUGAUGAUGUAUCAGUCCCAGCACAAUGAGAUCACAAGAGGUUCUAGUCUUGAUUUGGUUUUCUUCAUGGAUGCCAUGACUCAUCUAGUCAAGAUCUCACGAAUCAUUCGAACUGACAAUGGUAACGCCCUGCUUGUGGGAGUUGGAGGAUCAGGGAAACAGAGCCUGACUCGCCUGGCGUCUUACAUAGCUGGAUAUAACAUCUUCCAGAUCACACUGACAAGAACAUACAACGUAAGUAAUUUCAUGGAUGACUUGAAACUGUUGUAUAAAACAGCUGGGUCUGAAGGAAAAGGCAUCACCUUCAUCUUCACGGAUAAUGAAAUAAAAGAUGAAGCCUUCCUUGAGUACCUCAACAAUGUUCUUUCUUCUGGAGAGGUCUCCAACCUGUUUGCUAAAGAUGAGAUACAAGAGAUCACUCAGAAUCUGAUCCCUGUGAUGAAGAAGGAGUUUCCUCGUGUUCCACCAACUUUUGACAAUCUUUAUGACUACUUCAUAUCCCGGUCCAGAAAGAAUCUGCAUGUAGUGCUUUGCUUCUCACCGGUGGGGCAGAAGUUUCGCUCCAGGUCUCUGAAGUUUCCAGGGUUGAUUUCUGGCUGCACCAUGGACUGGUUCACCCCUUGGCCCAAAGAGGCUCUGGUAGCUGUGUCCAGCUAUUUCUUGUCAGAGUUUCCAAUGGUUUGCUCUGCUGAAGUCAAGGCUUCUGUGGUGACCACCAUGGGUACAUAUCAUGACAAAGUAUCCAGUACCUGUGAGAGCUACUUUGAAAGGUUCCGAAGAAGGAUUCAUGUCACUCCCAAAUCCUACCUCUCUUUUAUAAAUGGUUACAAAACGCUGUACACUGAAAAGUACGACUACAUCAACACACUAGCAGAGCGCAUGCGUGUUGGUUUGGACAAACUAAUGGAGGCUAGUAAGUCUGUGGCUCAACUAUCUAAAGAUCUUGAAGUGAAGGAAAAAGAGCUGGCUAUAGCAUCUGUCAAAGCUGAUGAGGUGGUGGCAGAGGUGACAGUCAGUGCUGAAGCUGCUACCGUCGUAAAGAACGAGGUCCAGGUUGUGAAGGAUAAAGCCCAGAAAAUUGUGGAUGGAAUUGAGAGAGAGAAAGCUUUUGCAGAGGAGAAGCUGGAGGCUGCCAGGCCAGCUUUAGAAGAGGCUAAAGCCGCUCUAAAUACUAUCAAGCCUGCUGACAUUGCCACUGUGAGAAAACUGGCCAAGCCUCCACAUUUGGUCAUGAGGAUUAUGGACUGCUGCCUGCUUUUAUUUCAAAAGAAGUUGGAUAGUGUCUCUAUGGAUCCAGACCGAUGUUGUCUCAAACCAUCAUGGAUGGAAGCACAGAAGCUUAUGAGCGGCACGGGAUUUUUGGCUUCCCUCCAGCAAUUCCCAAAGGACAAAAUUAAUGAGGAAGCAGUAGAACUGCUGCAGCCGUACUUUGACAUGGAGGACUACACAAUGGAAAAUGCCAAAAAAGUGUGUGGUAAUGUAGCUGGUCUGCUAGCAUGGACCAGGGCCAUGGCCACAUUCUAUGGCAUCAAUAAAGAAGUGCUGCCACUCAAGGCUAACCUGGCCAUUCAGGAAAGCCGUCUGAAAGAGGCUAAUAAUGAGUUAGCCAAGGCUGAGGCUCAGCUGGCCGAAAAGCAAGCAGAGUUUGACAAAGUUAAAGCCAAAUGUGAUGCUGCUGUUAAAGAGAAACAGGACUUGCUGGAUGAUGCUGAGAGAUGUAGGAAUAAAAUGCAGGCUGCAUCUGCACUUAUUGAUGGACUUAGUGGAGAGAAAGCUCGGUGGAUACAGCAAAGCAAAGAAUUUAAAUCACAAAUUAACAGACUUGUGGGUGAUGUGCUCCAGCUCACCGGCUUCUUGUCCUACUGUGGGCCAUUCAACCAGAGUUUCCGAGAUAUGUUGUUGAAGGACAUCUGGGAGGCCGAGCUCAGGGGACAUAAAAUCCCUUUUACAGAAAACCUCAACCUCAUUUCUACCCUAGUGGACCCUCCCACUAUAAGUGAGUGGAACCUUCAAGGACUCCCUGGAGAUGACUUGUCUGUGCAGAACGGCAUCAUUGUCACAAAAGCAACAAGAUUUCCCCUCCUCAUCGAUCCCCAGACUCAAGGAAAGACUUGGAUUAAGGAAAAAGAGAAGGCGAAUGCAUUGCAAGUAACGUCACUCAACCAUAAGUUCUUUCGUUCUCAUUUGGAAGACUGUCUUUCCUUGGGACGCCCCCUGCUUAUUGAAGAUGUGUAUGAGGAGCUGGAUCCUGCCCUUGACAAUGUCCUUGAGAAAAACUUCAUUAAAUCUGGGACCAGUUUCAAGGUUAAAGUUGGAGACAAAGAGGUAAAUGUGAUGGAAGGCUUUCAGGUCUACGUAACCACCAAACUGCCUAAUCCAGCAUACUCCCCAGAAGUCAGUGCAAAGACAUCCAUCAUUGAUUUCACUGUAAACAUGGAGGGCCUGGAGAACCAGCUACUUGGCCGCGUCAUCCUUGCAGAGAAACAUGAACUAGAGGCAGAAAGAUUGAAGCUGAUUGAGGGUGUAACCACCAACAAGAGAAAGAUGCAGGAGUUGGAAGACAACCUGCUGUACAAACUCAGCAGCACAAAAGGUUCCUUGGUUGAUGAUGACUCCAUGAUCGGCAUUCUGAGUACAACUAAGCAAACCGCUGCUAAAGUUAGUGCACAGCUCAGUGUUGCAGCAGACGCAGAGGUGAAGAUUAACAGAGCUCAAGCUGAAUAUCGUCCUGUUGCCUCCCGAGGCAGCAUCCUUUACUUCCUCAUCACAGAGAUGAGCAUGGUCAAUGUCAUGUACCAGACCUCCCUGGGUCAGUUCCUCAAACUCUUCGACCUGUCACUGGCUAGGUCUGAGAAGUCCCCUAAAACUCAGAAGCGAAUUGCAAACAUCAUUGAAUAUCUGACUUACGAGGUGUUCAGAUACACAGUGAGAGGCCUGUAUGAAAACCACAAGUUUAUCUUCACACUCUUGCUGGCCCUCAAGAUUGACUUACAGAAUAACAAAAUAGCGCACAACGAAUUUCAGAUUCUCAUCAAAGGUGGUGCAGCUCUUGACCUGAAGGCCUGCCCCCCGAAGCCAUUCAGUUGGAUCCUGGAUAUGGUUUGGCUAAACUUGGUGGAACUCAGCAAAUUGCCAGAGUUCUGUAGGAUCAUAACCCAGGUGUCUCAAAAUGGGAAACCCUGGAAAACGUGGGUCAGUCUUGAUGCCCCAGAAGAAGGUGUCGUUCCAGACAGAUACAACUCCCUUGACGUCUUCCAUAAGCUUUUGCUGAUAAGGUCUUGGUGCCCUGACCGUACUUUGUCUCAGGCCAGAAAGUAUGUAGGAAAAUCCCUGGGCAUGAGGUUUGCUGAGCCUGUCCUCUUGAACCUUCACAGCACAUGGGAGGAGAGUGACCCUCGCACUCCUUUAAUUUGCUUCCUUUCUAUGGGCUCUGAUCCCACCAACCAAAUUGAAGGACUUGCUAAGAAACUUCAACUUGAAUGCAGAGCCAUAUCCAUGGGACAGGGGCAAGAGGUGCAUGCAAGGAAGCUUGUUCAGACAUCAAUGAUGCAGGGAGGAUGGGUCCUUCUUCAGAACUGCCACCUGGGACUGGAGUUUAUGGAUGAGUUGUUAGAAACCAUCACAGCUGCAGAAACCACACAUGAGUCUUUCAGGGUGUGGAUCACCACAGAACCACACAGUCAGUUCUCCAUCACACUCCUACAGUCCUCUAUCAAGUUCACCAAUGACCCACCUCAAGGACUGCGUGCUGGCAUGAAACGAACAUUUGCAGGAAUUUCACAGAACCAGCUGGAAGUCUGCAACCUUCCCAUGUGGAAGCCCAUGCUGUACAGUGUGGCCUUUCUGCACGCCGUGGUGCAGGAGCGCCGCAAAUUUGGUCCGUUGGGUUGGAACAUACCGUAUGAGUUCAACUCUGCUGAUUUCACUGCAAGUGUUGAAUUUGUUGAGAGACACUUGGAUGAUUGUGGCCCCAAGAAGAAUGUGUCGUGGGUCACUGUGCGGUACAUGCUAGCUGAGGUGCAGUACGGAGGCAGGGUCACUGAUGACUAUGACAAACGCCUUCUCCAGUGUUUUGCACGUGUGUGGUUCAGUAAAAAUAUGUUUGAUCCAUCAUUUUGCUUCUACACGGGCUACAAAAUUCCAGUGUGUCAAACUGUAGAGGAGUACAUGGAAAACAUUCAGAGCUUACCCACUGUGGAUUCACCCCAAGCUUUGGGCCUGCAUCCUAAUGCUGAUAUCACCUACCAGACAAACACAUCCGCUGAGGUCCUAGACACAAUCACAAAUAUCCAGCCCAAGGAAAGUGGAGGAGGCUCAGGGGAGACUCGGGAGUCCAUUGUUUACAACAUGGCAGAGGACAUGUUGGAGAAGCUGCCCCCCGAUUAUGUGCCACACGAGGUCCAAGCCAGGCUGUUGAAGAUGGGAGUUCUGAACCCAUUGAACAUCUUCCUACGUCAGGAGGUGGACCGAAUGCAAAGGAUCAUCAGUGUGGUGCGCAGAAGUCUGACUGACCUGAAGCUGGCCAUUGAUGGUGCAAUCAUAAUGAGUGAGAACCUCCGCGACGCCCUGGACAAUAUUUUUGAUGCCCGUGUGCCUAACCUGUGGAGAAAGAUUUCCUGGGACUCGUCCACACUGGGCUUUUGGUUCACAGAGCUGCUGGAGCGAAACAAACAGUUCCACAGCUGGGUGUUUGAAGGAAGACCCAAAACCUUUUGGAUGACAGGCUUCUUCAACCCACAGGGGUUCCUCACAGCUAUGAAGCAAGAAAUAACAAGAGCAAACAAAGGCUGGGCCCUGGACUCAGUCACUUUACACAACAAAGUCCUGAAGAAGGCAAAGGAGGAGAUCACAGCAUCGCCUACAGAGGGAGUUUAUGUUUAUGGUUUGUACCUGGAUGGCGCAGGCUGGGACAGGAAGAACACCUGUCUCAUUGAGUCCUCACCCAAAGUGCUGUUCACACCCAUGCCUGUCAUCCACAUGUUUGCCAUCAACUCCGCCGCCCCCGUGGACCCUAAGCUGUACGUGAGUCCCAUCUACAAGAAACCAAGGCGCACAGACUUGAACUAUAUCACAUCGGUUGUGCUGCCUACCUUCGAGUCGCCGGACCACUGGAUCCUGCGUGGGGUUGCCCUGCUGUGCGACAUCAAAUAAGAUAGCUGCAUGUCUGUAUUGAUAUGUGGUAUUGCUUAAAGGUAAAAUAAGUCAUUUUUGAUGCCAAACUCCCUGUUUUGCUGUGAAGCUCCAGAAAUGGUUUGUGAACAGAGAAAGCAAAGCUUCUUACAUUUAUAAACAUGUUCUUUCGGCAAUAA